AUGGAUCAAAACGAAGAAAAAGAUGAUGUUGAACGACCCAAUGGUGUUAGUAUAAUUGCUUUGGCCACAGGACAAAAAACUACUUUAGAGGAUGAAGUGACGUGUAAAGAUCCAUAUAAAGUGAAAUCUGGUGGAUUGAUUAAUAUGCAAGCAUUAAAAGGUGGUAAAAUUAAGCAAGUAGAUGAUGCAUAUGAUACGGGUAUAGGGACACAAUUCUCUGCCGAAACAAAUAAACGUGAUGAAGAUGAAGAAAUGAUGAAAUACAUUGAAGAGCAACUAUCAAAACGAAAAGAGGGGCAUGAUCAGAAAAACAUGGAAAGAGAUGAAAAUGAUACACUUAAAUACUUGUCGCCAGAAGAAGCAGCAUUACUUUCUCUUCCUGAACACUUAAGAGUAUCCUCCACACAUAAAUCAGAAGAGAUGCUCUCAAAUCAAAUGCUAAGUGGUAUUCCAGAAGUGGACCUUGGUAUUGAAGCAAAAAUUAAAAAUAUUGAAGCCACUGAAGAAGCAAAAAUGAAACUUCUUUGGGAACGGCAAAACAAAAAAGAUGGCCCAUCCCAAUUUGUGCCAACAAAUAUGGCAGUAAAUUUUGUCCAGCAUAAUAGAUUUAACUUAGAAAAUGCUAACAAUAAGAAAAAAAAAGUUGAAAAAGAAAAACCAAAGGAGGUUAGAGUUGUGACUUCAAUAGAUGAAAGUGUGGAUAAAAUUGUGAAAAAAGCAAAAGGAGAACGGGCAACUGAUGAUUAUCACUAUGAAAAGUUUAGGAAACAGUUUAGAAAGUAUUAA